CGGCGUGAUAGGUCAGGACCACCGCCCCCCUGGCUCCCCAUUGGCUGCUCGGCGAAGCCCGGUCUCCGGGUAAGAUGGCAGCGGACGGACAGUGCUCGCUCCCCGCUUCAUGGCGGCCGGUGACCCUCACCCACGUCGAAUAUCCUACAGGUGAUCUCUCUGGCCACCUCCUUGCCUACCUGAGCCUCAGCCCUGUCUUCGUCAUUGUUGGUUUCGUGACCCUCAUCAUAUUCAAGCGGGAGCUGCACACGAUUUCGUUCCUUGGGGGCCUGGCACUGAACGAGGGGGUCAACUGGCUGAUCAAACACGUCAUCCAGGAGCCACGGCCCUGUGGAGGCCCCCACAUGGCAGUGGGCACCAAGUACGGGAUGCCCUCCAGCCAUUCUCAGUUUAUGUGGUUCUUCUCCGUCUACUCUUUCCUCUUCCUGUAUUUAAGAAUGCACCAAACGAACAACGCCAGGUUCCUGGACUUGCUAUGGAGGCAUGUGCUUUCCCUGGGUCUCCUCGCUGCAGCUUUUCUAGUCUCCUAUAGCAGGGUCUACCUGCUGUACCACACCUGGAGCCAGGUGCUCUAUGGGGGCAUUGCUGGGAGCCUCAUGGCCGUCGCCUGGUUUGCCUUCACCCAGGAGGUCCUCACCCCACUGUUCCCUAGGAUAGCAGCCUGGCCUAUCUCUGAGUUCUUCCUAAUCCGAGACACGAGCCUCAUCCCCAACGUACUCUGGUUUGAGUACACGGUAACCCGGGCAGAAGCCAGGAACAGACAGCGUAAGCUGGGAACGAAACUGCAGUGACCGGUGAGUGUGGCUGGGUCCAGCCUCCAGAUCUGGCCUGCUUGAUGCCUUGCAGGAUGGACAGAAUGACAGACAGAGGGAUGAAGCAGAGACCUCUACAGACCCAAGUCACCAAGUGGAGCCUUUUUUUUCUUAUUUUAAUUUUAAUGAACAAGGUGGACCAAAGGGCCGAGGCAGCCCCUCAACCCAGGACCCUGGGGGGCCUGCUGCCAGGGGGCCACACGGCCAGAGACCCUCGCUGUGCUGCUGCCAGCCCCUGGUCGGGCAGAGAGUGCCCUCGGCAUGGGCACCGGGGGGUGGUGUAGAGGAGGAGGGCUUGCACCUCUGGUCGCGGGGCCAGGAGAUCCGGGUGGCGUGAACAAUACACACUAUUUAUUUUUGGGUUUUGUCAAAGGCAGACGGGCUUUUGGAGAUGGGGCCCGAAGGAGCCUGCCUGCCUGCUGCGGUUGCCCUGCAUACAGGGAGGGGCCGAGGUCAGCCGCCCGGGGGCCCUUUGCCUGGGGCCCAGGGGACACACCGCCUCUCCCUGGGCCAGAGAGGUGGCGUGGGGGCCCCGGAGGAGGGGAGCACCUCCACGCCCUCCCUGCCACCAAUGCCAUUCCAGAACCUUGUUCAGUGUUUCCUUGUCUGGGGGCCAGGGCCCCAUGAAAGCGCGCUUUUGGCCGCGGCUGUCAUUGUGCUCUACCCAUUAUGGACCCUGCACCACAAGGGCUUUUUCUGGUCCCCUGUCCCCAAGACGAUGGUCCCCUUCUGACAAAAGAGCCUGCACAUGUGGGUGAGCGAACCCAGGCUGUUUACAGCUCUUUUCCUGUCCUGCCUUCCCGUAGCCAUUAGUUGUCAACUCCUCCCAAACACAGUGCAGAGGAAGCAGGAGCCGGGUGAGGGAGCGGAGCUGAGGGUGCCUGGCGCCACUGUCCUCCCCUCCCUUCUCCCUUCCCCUUCCCUCCGUGUGCUCUGAGCCCUCCCUUGUCCUUCUCGACACCCUCCCGAGAGCCUGGGUACUUGCUCAGGCAUCCUAAAGCCCGAGUCCGGGGUGUGGUUGCACAGACCCCCACUGUCCAGUGUGGAGGGCAGCUACUCCUGAGGGGACCCAACCUCUUAAGUCACUCUUGAAUGGCGUUGUGGAGAAGAGAUGCUUCCAGACUCUUUGGAAGUUUCUAGAACUGAACCAGGCUGCUUGGGACCUGUGUUCCACACCCUCCUAACCCACCACCCUUUUUCUUUGUGGAGGUUCCUAACCUGCUGCUAAAGCACAAUAUUUCGGUGCUUUCUUUUCUCCUUUGUUAAAGACAGUGUCCAAAAGCCAUUCCAGAUGCCAGGACCAGGGGCCUAUUUCUGGGGAAGGUUGGUCAGUCCCCACAUUUUCCUCCCCUUCCUUUCUUAUUUUUAUUUUUUACUUUUUGCCUGAGACAAGCCAAGUGUGAGGUGGUUUGAUUUAAGAAAAAUCAAUGAAAUUGUUUACUAUUGUUUUAAAAUAAAAUCUUGAACUCUG